AUGGCGGACCUCGGAUAUGACAGCCUGAGCCCCUUGGUAAAUGGGGAGGCCAGAAAUAGUGACACCAUGAAACGCCCUGAUGAUAUGGGCGCUCAACGCUCAAGUGGAAUGGGAAAUAUGUCGACAGCUCCGGAACCGAGAGCAAAUUUCGAUGCUCACGAGGGCAUGAACCUACAGCUCUUAGAUACAGGCGCUGAAUUCCCGGCUCAGAUGUGUGAUGCCAGACCCAUUGACAAUCUAAAUGACAACAAUGUCCGCGACUUUUCCAGCAAGGGUGAGACAAGCGAGACACUGUAA